AUGUCCAUAAAACCACUUUCAGUGACUGCACCUCAUCCGAACACUCAAAGAGGUCAAGCCUCUCACCUUACGUAUGACUCAGUAAACGACCGAUUGGCGUAUACCAAUGGAAAAUCAAUAAUUAUUAGACCCGCUGACUUCAAAUCCAAUUCUCCUAUAAUUGUGUUUCCAAAGCAUAAUCACAUUACAACGGCAGUGAAAUUUUCCCCAUCUGGAAAUUACAUAGCUUCAGGUGAUGAAUCAGGUCAAGUUAAAAUAUGGGACGCAGCACCCAAAAAGGGAGAUGAAAACUUCAAUGUUCCUGUAAUAAAGAGUGAAUUUCAAAUAAUAUCAGGCCCAAUCAAGUCAAUUGCUUGGGAUGCUGAUAAUUCUAGAAUAAUUGCCGUAGGACAAGGUAAGGAAAAGUUUGGACAUGCUUUCUCCUGGGAUUCUGGAAAUUCAAUUGGAGAUAUUCAAGGUCAUAGUUCAACUAUAAAUGCUGUUGAUAUUAAACCUCAAAGACCGUACAGAGCUGCCACAGUGAGUGAUGAUUUUGCAAUGGUAUUUUUUCAAGGUCCCCCUUUCAAAUUUGAAAAAAGUUUAAGAGGAUUACAUUCAAAUGUCGUGAGAGAUGUGAAGUUUAGUCCCAAUGGUGAUUUUAUCGUUUCAGUUGGUUCAGAUAGAGUCAUAUGUUUAUAUGAAGGAAAGACAGGAGAAUUUAUAAAAAAAAUUGAGAAAGCACAUGAAGGUGGUAUUUUUGCAGUCCAAUGGGCACCUGAUUCAAAAUAUUUCAUAACAGCUUCUGCAGAUGGUAGUUUGAAAAAAUGGUCUAUAAACGAUGGUGUAGCUGUCACGACAUAUAAUAGUGUUGAAACUCCUACAAUAGAUAAUCAACAGGUUGGGUUGGCUAUAACAAAAGAUUACGUUCUUUCCCUUAAUUCGAACGGAGAUCUAAAUUAUUUUGAUGAAAACGGCGAAUUGAUUAAAGUUGUGCAAGGAAAUAGAGCGCCAAUUACUAAGAUUUUGUUAGAAAAUGAUACUUUGCUUAGUGGAAGUUCCGAUGGUAAAAUCUUUAAAUAUAAAAUUGAUGAGGAAGGGCUUGAAGCUCUUCCUACACUUCAAGGGUCGAAGGAAGAGGAACAUUCAAACUAUGUGGUUGAUAUUUUGUCAGAAAAUUCAGUAAAUUAUACUAUUGGCUGGGACGAUAAGUUAAAAGUUUGGGAAAAUGGAAAAGUAACAAAUUCAAUAGAUCUUCCUUCACAGCCUAAACAGUUGGAAAAAAUAGGUACUUCGAUUAUUGUUUUAUUUGAGUCAGAAAUACAACUACACGACCUUUCACUUCAGUUGCAAACCGAUUACAAAUUGAAAUUUCCUACUACUUGUGUAGCUCCUUUAUCAAAUUCAACUUUCUUGAUCACAAAUAUUGCUUCAAACACAAUUGUUGAAUAUAAAAUAUCAGACAAUAAUAUCACACAAUCAGAUAAAGAAUUCCCGAAAUUACGAUCACCACCUACUUUAAUUAAGGUAUCACCAAAUGGUGAGUACGUUGCAGUUGCUGAUUCCACAGGUAAGUAUACAUUGUAUAAACUGGACGGAUCGGUUAUUACAUCACGUUGGGCAUUUCAUACAAGUAAAGUUUACGACGCUCAAUGGACGAAGGACUCGAAAUAUUUAAUUAGUGGUGGGCUUGACACAGGUUUACUAUUAUAUUCAGUAGAGAAACCAUCGAAAGUUAUUAAAUUUCCAUUAGCUCAUUCCGCAGCAGUGACCAGUUUGGCUUGGAAGAAAUUUGAUGGAGAUAAAAAAAUUGGAACAUUCAUUAGCUCAGGUUUAGACGGUACAAUUAGAACAUGGGAAAUAACAAGUUAG